CUCGCUUUCUCUCUUUCUAUUUAUUUAUUCAUUUUUCCCAAUUUUUAUUUACUAAAGAAUCUCUGGGUAGUUAACACUAAACGAAACCUCUCCGUUGACCAACCCUCUACCACUAUUCAUAAUCAUGGACCGUAUCGCUGACAAAAAGAACUUGGUAAAGAAGGUUGUUAACAAGGAAAACUCUUCCAUUUUCAUCAGCCUUGGCGUUUUUAUUGCUUCCGUCGCCAUUAUCAAGUCCCGCGUCGGUAACUUUCUUGUUCCUCAGCUUUAAAUAUCUUGGAAGAAUUCCGUUAUUUUAACAGGACCUCAAUAUUGCCCGUGAAAAGACGUUUGUCUUUCGGAAAGGUGCUGUUGGCGUAUUUCUUUGAAUUUGAAAAGAUAAAUGAUCUUUGAUUUAUAUAAACAUUAAAUUUUGUCCUAUUUACUUAAAAAGUUUGUGCUUCACUUGUCGGCGGACAUGUAAAGUAAUGACCUCCUUUCA